UUAUUCCAAGGCUUCAUGGAGAAGAGCUAAGAAUAGACUGGAAGGCGGAAAGAAACGGGAUUUUAUAAUAAAGCUGUCUCCCUAAUUCACUCUGUAGAAACAGAAAAGACUGAUUGUAUUCACAUUGCGGCACCCUCUGAAUCUGUGGAUAAGAAAUAAAGAUUCAAUUUUGAUUUACAGUAAUGGAGGGACUGAGGUCAGCAAUGGAAGCCCACAUGGACCAGAUGGCAGAUCUCGUCCAGAAACUCUCAUCAGAGCUCCGCUCUGGACUUCAACCCGCUUACGAAAACUUCAUGGGUUUCUUCCACGCCAUUAACUGGAAGGAGCCUUGGUUGAUGGGCUUAAUGGCAUUUCAUAUUUUGUUGCUGAUAGUAGUAAUAUUCUCAAGGCAGAAUGUCAAUUUCCAGAUGUGUUUAUUCCUUAUGGCAUUGGCUGGUGUGUAUUUUGCUGAAUAUCUCAAUCGAAUCCUUGAAAAGAACUGGAGGAGCUUUGCCACUCAAAACUAUUUUGAUCCGCAUGGCCUUUUUCUAUCAGUUCUCUGGUCUGGACCUCUUCUUGUCAUUGCAAUCAUUAUAUUGGUAAACACCCUCUUCUCGUUGUGUUACCUGAUUGUUAGAUGGAAGAAAGCUGAGCUGCGACACCGUGCCAGAAUUUCUCAUAACAAGCAUGAUUAAUAAUCUUUGCUAUGCAUCAUAGCAGUCUGGGUGAUAUGGUAGAUUUUGUCACUUUCAUCUUUAAAGUUGCUCCUUCCCCUCAGGUAGAAUCACAAUUAUUUAUUCCAGUAGAUUCACAGUUGUCUCUUCCUUUAUUUUCGCCCAACUCAGCAGUGGAGUGAAACCUGGCUUAUGCCGUUUAUUUGCAAAAAGAAAUUGAUGCAUUGAAUACUAGUAAAUGAACAUGUAACACUGCAAACUAGAUUUCUUUAUAAGUGGGCAAUGUACCAUUAUUUUGAGUAAAAAAUUUUGCGACUGAUUAA